GAGGUGUUGACUCACUUCUCAGUCAGCGACAUUGCGACUCUAUGUCAUCUUUACAGUGAAGAGGAUCCUGAGGCACAGGGCACGGAACCAGUUUUCUAACCAGGACACCCACUGAGUCAAAUAUACGCUGACAUGGAGGAUGGGGAACAGCCCCUCGGUCAGUAUUUUGUACAUCGGCCGGUUCUGGAUGAAUUAUGUUUGGAUGAACUGGCACAAAAAGGAACAUGGUCCACUAAGCCAUCCUUCGGUGAAUGCGUGAAAGACUCCCUGAGGUGCUCGGUGCCCCGGGCUAAGGAAGUCCUGUUGAGCUGGGUGCCCGUUCUUGGCUGGCUUCCUAAAUACUCCAUCAAAGAAAAUGCAGUUGGCGACCUGAUCUCUGGCUGCAGUGUGGGCAUCAUGCAUCUACCGCAGGGAAUGGCAUAUGCUCUUCUGGCUUCUUUGCGGCCAGUGUUUGGCCUGUAUACCUCCCUCUACCCGGUGCUUGUGUACUUCAUCUUCGGCACUUCCAAACAUAUCUCCAUCGGUACGUUUGCAGUAGUCAGCAUCAUGAUCGGGAGUGUGACAGAGCGGCUGGCACCAGACAGUAACUUUAUCGUUAACGCUACCAAUGGCACUGCACACGUGAAUAUUGAUGAACGAGAUGCUUACAGAGUAGAAAUAGCCUGUGCUCUCACGGUUCUGGCGGGGCUUUUUCAGAUCCUGUUGGGUGUGGUGAAAUUUGGUUUUGUGGUCACCUACUUGUCCGAGCCACUGGUCCGAGGCUACACCACGGCAUCAGCGUGCCAUGUGUUAAGCUCUCAGCUGAAAUAUUUGUUUGGAGUUAAACCAUCUCGCUUCUCCGGCCCCCUCUCUCUUAUUUAUACUGUGGUGGAAAUAUGCAGCUUGCUACCUCAGACGGUUGUCCCAGAGCUUGUGGUCAGUCUGGUUUCACUCACUAUUCUCAUUGUGGUCAAAGAGAUCAACGACUGCUACAGGCAGAAACUGCUCCUGCCUAUCCCCAUAGAACUCAUCGUGAUCAUAAUAGCAACAAUCAUCACUCACUUUUGUGGCCUUUCUGCCAAAUACAACAUUGAUGUUGUUGGCGAGAUUCCGAGUGGGCUUCAGGCCCCUCGUGCUCCGGACGUGACACUAUUCUCUGAGGUCGUAGGCGACGCUUUUGCUGUGGCCAUUGUGGGCUACGCCAUCAGUAUUUCUCUCGGAAAAACAUUUGCUCUCAAAUAUGGCUACAAAGUGGAUAGCAACCAGGAGUUGGUUGCUCUCGGGCUCAGCAACACUGUUGGUGGCUGCUUUCAGUGUUAUUCCGUGACUUCUUCCAUGUCACGAAGUCUUGUCCAGGAGAGUACCGGGGGAAAGACUCAAGUUGCAGGAUUGAUUUCUUCCAUUAUCGUCCUCGUAACGGUUUUAAAAAUAGGAUCUCUUUUUGAAGAUCUACCCAAGGCUGUCUUAUCCACAAUAGUGUUUGUGAACUUAAAAGGAAUGUUCAAGCAGUUUAUGGAUGUGCCCAUGCUGUGGAGAACCAACAGGGUCGAUUUGCUUGUAUGGCUGGUAACUUUCAUCAGCACCAUUCUACUCAACUUGGACCUUGGUUUGGCUGUCUCCAUUGGCUUUUCCAUACUAACCGUCAUCUUCAGAACACAGUUGCCACGCUAUUCCAUCCUGGGUCAUGUGCCAGCCACUGACUUAUAUCUGGACAUAGACACAUACAAAGAGGCUAAAGAGAUUCCGGGUAUUAAAAUCUUCCGUUCUUCUGCAACCAUCUACUACACCAAUGCAGAGAUGUACUUAGAGGCCUUACAGGAGAAGAGUGGGAUUCAAAUUGGGAAGCUGUUGGCAGCAAAGAAAAAACAUGAGACACUGAAAGAGCAAGAGAAAAAGAAAGCAACCGAGACAAAUGACCAGAUGGAGGGUGACUCGUUCUCUUUGAAAGAGAAACAAGGCCAAGUUUGUAACGGCCAAGUAAACUGGGCUUUCCAACCUGACAUGACAUCAAAUUCAGAUUACAGUGUAUUCCAUUGUGAUGACAUCACGGAGGCGUCAAAAGAUAGCAAAGAGGAGAGAAGACAAGCCUACGGAUGCGGGACCCACAGUAUCAUUUUGGACAUCUCGACAACCAGCUUUGUGGACACAGUUGCUGUGAAGACCUUGAAAAAUAUAUUCAGGGACUUAAAAGAAAUUGAUGUGGAAGUCUAUCUAGCUGGCUGCCAAGUCUGUGUGGUGGAGCAGCUUGAAAAGGCAGGUUUCUUCUCAGAGUCCAUCCAAAAGAGCAGACUGUUUGUCACUAUUCAUGAUGCAGUUCUGCACGUUCUCAAGGAACUGGGACAGACCGACACCCUCUUUGUGAGUUCAUACUCAAUUUACAUCUCACAUCUUAAAACUUUGGCUCAGCUUGUCUUCAUUUUUAUAGGAUGUUUUCUGCAACACUCAGAUGUGACCAGCAGAGGGGAGCAUUUCCCAACUUCAUCUUGCAUCUUAGUUCCUCCUUCUGAUGACAGUUCCAUUGCUCACUAUUGGUCCACCGCAUAGUGGCUAGGUUACCAUGGAAAUACAGGGAGCCGUUGCUGUGACAACAGGAUUUGUUACGUGGACUAAUGAUAGCCAGCUAUACAUCAGUGGAUCUCUCACACUCCAUGGCUCUGAGAGGUGGGGGUUUGAGAAGAAUGUAUGACAUAACUAAUGGUCUGGUAUCCUAGGCUAGAGAGCAGUAGAUCACUGGAAGGGAAAAUUAAAAUGGGAAUGGAACUAGCCGCAAUGUGUACAUAUGUAGUUUUGUGAGACAACUAAUAAAAAAAAAUGCAAUUGCAUGUGACAAAAUAGUUCAGAAUUGUAAAUAGUAAAUGAGUCACAUAAUAAACGAAAAUGAACUGGAUCAUUUUGCCAGGCACAUUAUUAUAAUUAUUAUUAUCGGCUUUUGUAGAGCUUCAUAUCCCUUCAAGCAUAGUGGGCCCAGCAGGCUAUCAGUACCCUGGGGUAACAAUGAAACAGUGUCAAAGGAAGCCCCCCUACCCUCCCAGGACAAGGGGGAAUCUGGAGGUACCUUCAUAGUUUGUAGCACUCCGCCCUUUUCUGACUGAGAACCAUGGCCUUGGAUUUGGAGGUGCUGAGUCUCAUCCCAGAUGCAAACCACCCCAGUAAACGCUGAAGGUCACAACCUGAGGAGGACCACAUCAUCCACAAACAGCCGAGAUCAAAAGGCCCCCUCUUUAGGGUGUAGGGCUGGUACAGUGCUCCACCACCGGGACCAAAACCACAGGUGUACCCUUCGUACCAAUCAACUAAAAGGCACAUACAGUAAUACCAUGUGAUCACCACACCUGUUAAUAUAUUUGAUUAUAUUACA